UGAAUGAAUGUUUUUGUUGGUAUGUUCUGGCAGCAAUUAUAAAUUUGUUACAAUUGUUAUUCGCUGUUGUUACAUAAGGACGGAGUUCGAGAGGAACAUAGGGUUAAUGUUAAAUUGAUCAAUAAGUAGGCUAUUUAUUACAAAAUGGACAUUUUUGGACAAAAUAAGUCACAGAUGAACACCACCAUUCCGACUGAAAACUGGACAUCUAUAUACUCCAUAGUUCGAUGGAUUCAGAUAACAAUGGCCGUUCUAAGCAUCAUAGGUGCUGGCUCCAUAAUCUUUUAUUCCAUUUGCAAAGGACUAGUAAGAAAACCAGAGGUGCUGCCCUUAUUACUGUUAAGCUUAACAGACCUGCUGUUAGCUUUGAGUUGGAUGUGUGGCGGUCUUCUCUUCACCCAGUCCUGUGACUCUUACACCACCUGCUACAACCUGCACAUAGUGGAACAGACGCUCUACAUGGCCUCGUUCUUCUACACGCUGCACUAUGUUUGGGUGCUCUACACCGGACUGAUGGGGAAGUACAGGAGACUCAACGGUUUCCCAGCCGAGAAUCCAACAAACACAAGAAGCUGUAGAUGUCUUGGUCCUGUACUGUCAUGUCUUCUGCCUUUAAUGCUCACAGCGCCCGUCUUUGUAACAGGAAAUGUGUUUCAGUGUUACACAAACUUCACCCAGCCCUACAGAUGUUUGCUGAUGCAUACAGGGGCUGUGUAUCUCACCUCAUCUGCAAAUACAGAAAUGACAGCCUGUAGCGUCAUUCAGGACUACUGCAUGACCAUAUUCCUUACUACCUUCCUUAUCACCUUCAUCGGCAUCACAACUCUGAUGUGUAAAGCUCGCUCCCUGUACAAGCGUGUCAUCACUUCUCAAGGGUUUUUUGGUGACAAUCAUUGGGAAACUCUGCGUCUCCUGGAACGGCGUAUGCUGCUUUACCCAUCAGCCUUCUUCUUCUGCUGGGGACCUGCAAUAUUUCUGGCCACUAUGAUGUUGGUGAAACCUGACAUCAUAGAGGGAAGGAUGGGAGUCGUUCUCUACAUCCUACAGGCCUUCACCUCUGCCUCUCAGGGUCUGCUGAACUGCCUGGUUUACGGCUGGACGCAGCAGCACUUUCGCUCUCUCAGCGGCGGCAGCGCCACCGUACGGGACGUCAACACCCAGACUCCCCUGCUGCGCUCUCAAAAACGAAACUAUGCCGCUUUGCGCUCUGCCGCAUCACUCAUCAAUUUUGUCUGACAAGACACGCAAAAAUCCCUGUAAAGCAUCGGGACGAUGCUUUAAACCAAAGCGAUUGGGGAGUCAAACCCAUGACUUGCCUGUUGCGAGCGUCACGCUCUACACAUUGAGCUACUGGAGCCAAUACGGCACACACUGCUGCGUCAGAAAAACUGAAGACUGAAACUAGCAAAAUAUCUGUGUGCUCCGUCAUGUGUGAAGCCAACAGACGUGUUUGGAAGCUGCGUUUGUUUUGCUGUUACAUUACCAACGCCAGAUGGCAGAUAAGGACGCUCUGCUUACAAAGGGAGCUGAAAGUUUUUUCUUCUGCUUUGGUUUUUUUAUGAGAUUUCAGAUGCUGCACCUGCUGCUAGUUUAACUGCGAAACCCUCUUCAACAAAGCGUUUCAUCAUCCGGCCUCUAUUAUACUAGCUUUAGCACAAGACUCGAGACUUUCAGAUCACGGCGUGCUGCUGAACUGUCAAAAAGGGAAAGACCGUAGGGGGAUUACGGCCAGAGGGAAAUAGCUCUGAAACAGGAUCUGAGAGGACAAUGCUGCUGCUUUCCAUCCAAAAAAACAAACACCCACACAUAGCGCUUAGCAUUGCAGGUAUCAAUUACUGCAAAUGGAGCAUGAAACAAAUUAUUUCCUCUUCAUAAACAAUACAGCUGUUAGUAGACUUCUCAGUAGAUAUUAUUAUUGGAAAAUACAUACAGCUUAUGAGAAUUAUUAGUAAAAGGGAAAGACUCUGUACUUGUCAACAUAUUACCAAUGAACCAGUGAACCUGAAGCAUUUUUCUUAAAAUGAUGUCCUUACAUUUAGGCUUUUAUUCACAUAUAAACAUUGAUCACAUGGUGCACAUUAAAUAUGAUCAAUUUAAGAUCAAAUGUGCUUGUGUGAAAUCAGAAGUGUCAAAGAUGAACAAAAAACUUUUGAGGGUUUAAAUGUGUGUGAACGAACCCUUUAAAAUGUCUGUGGGAAUUUCUAGAGUUGGUAACAUUUUCCAGUUAUGCUUUGUUCUGAAGUUCAUUAGAGUUCAUUUGCAAAAACAAUUUUCAAAAAUCAUGUUUUUUAAUUGUGCGUUCCAAUUAAUCUCAAACUGCGGUUGGGUUUUUUUGAUUAGGUAAAAAAUAACUAAAAAAUACAGCUAACACAAUAAAAAAAAAUUUAAUCAGAUUUUUAUCUCUUCAUAUGUUUUUGGCUUGAAACUGGUGUGUAAUCUCUGUUACAUUUUUAAAAUCCUUGUUCAGUACUUACAAAUAAUUACUGUACAGAAGGUGUCAAACAAUAAUCUACACAGAAGUUGUCAAAUGUUGCACUGUUUUCCACUUUCGGUUUUGCUUACAUUUCUCCCAUGACGGAAUCAGUUUUAUUUCUGAGUGCAUUUUAUAUGCAUGUGUGUACAUAGUCUUGUUAAAAUGUAUAAAAUAUUUUAAUAAAACUUGAUUAGAUGUUGAUA